AUGUACCAGACUGAGGGCCUCACACUGACGCUGGACCUGGAGGAGAUGAAAGAGAAGACGUACAAGGAUGUGAUCUCUUCCAUACAGAACUUCCUCAUCUAUGUGGCCCUACUGAGAGUUACAUCUUUUAUCUUAAAGAAACUGGACAAAGGCUGGGCAUGUGAAAAGGCUGAGAAAGAUAUAAGAGACUCUUUGAAUGGACAUAAAAAUUCUGCUUCUUAA